CAACCAAUAGAUUACCCCUCACCAAAUACGCUAUGGAGAAUCUUGACCCUCAUGAGCGUCCGCCUCUAAGCAUACGAAACGUUUACAAAAAGUACCAGAAGAUGAAAAUGAAGGAUCUAGAUCAAGACGUCGAAAUUGUAGAUCUGUCGAGGCAUAUAUCCACGCUAUUAGAUAGUAAAGUGCGCGUCGUCAAGCAUCUUUCUAUGACAGAUUUGAUGAGUGCUUUUCAAGCUUUCGCGCGACAGGAUCUUGACAUCGAGAGCGUGGAGACCUCAUCAGAUGUACCGGUCUAUGAGCAUGAGGAUAUGCCAGGUCUUCACAUAGUCCCCUCUCUUCUCCCUCCAGAGAUACAGUCAAUCCUUCUGUCUCGUCUACUUCACCGCGACCUCUCAACCCCUGCUCAUCUCACAAAUAUCCAUACCCACUACAACAUUGCUUACCCACCGUCUCACGCUUCUUUCUUUUCCAUUCCACCAAACUCGCCUGAUAGCGUUGCAAACCCCAUCGAUCCCACUAUUCACAAGCCAAUUUCUGUAUCCCAGCUCCUAAAAAAGAAGAUGCGGUGGACGACAUUGGGUGGCCAGUACGAUUGGACGAACAAACAAUACCCAGAUGUCACUCCUCCCGCUUUUCCUCCGGACAUCAAAACCCUACUCGAGAGCGUCUUCACAGACACAAAAUCCGAGGCUGCAAUCGUGAACCUCUACUCACCAGGAGACACCCUUUCGGUGCAUCGCGACGUUGCAGAGACUAGUUCAACCGGCCUGGUCAGCAUAAGUCUCGGAUGCGAUGCCAUCUUCGUAAUCGGUACAUCUUCCACGUCAGCCGAAGCGGACAACAAGGCAAUGGCACUCAGACUCCGCUCGGGAAGCGCAGUCUAUAUGAGCGGAUCGUCCCGCUUCGCCUGGCACGGCGUUCCGCAGAUUGUCCCCGGCACUUGUCCUGAGUACUUGCAAGACUGGCCAGGUAGCUCGGACAGCGACGAGUUUGAAGCCUGGAAAGGGUGGAUGGCUGGCAAGCGAGUGAAUCUAAAUGUGCGUCAGAUGUGGGAGUAGGAAAGAGCUCAAAACGAAGCCAUUGUAGGGCUACAAGCAUAGUACGAUGGCAUCCUGGUGGAGCGACUUUCUUUGCCGACUCUACUAUCGAAGUAGCGAUGGUGGACUUUCAAAAACGGAAUGCAUCAAUUGGAAUGAAGCUGGUGGAUUGAUAUGCAUUCUCCAAACAACAUCAUGGUUUCCACGUAUAUGGCUAAGCGUCAUUUAUCGUGUCACACUUUUUCGCGUUGAUCCGCUGAGUUUCUCUACCACAAGAUUUUCUACCAAAUAAUUCGACAUCUCGCCGUAUCCGGUAUCCUUCGGCCAGACGAAGAUGGUACAGAGAGACCCAGAGGCAAGAUGCUAGGACUCAAUUGGCC